AUGCCCACAGAGACAAAAUCCGUUCGCGUUGGCGUCGCUGUUUUCGCCCUCAGCCCCGAAAACAAGUUCAUCCUGGGCAAGAGGAUCGGCUCUCAUGGCGCAGACACAUGGGGUCUCCCCGGCGGACACCUCGAAUUCGGCGAGUCCUGGGAAGAGUGCGCGGCUCGCGAAUUAAUAGAAGAAACGGGGGUACAUGUCGAUAAGAACUCAGUUCAGUACCUUACCGCGACAAACGAUGUCUUUGAGAAGGACGGGAAGCACUACGUUACUAUAUUUGUGGGGGUAAGAGUCGAUGGAGGCCAGGAGCCUGAAAUCAAGGAGCAACUCAAGUGUGCCGAGUGGAGGUGGGUGAGCUGGGAAGAGCUCGCCGAUGACCGGAAAAAGCAGGUCGAAGCUGAUCAGGCGAAAAGGGAAACAGAGGGGAAGAAGUUGUUCGUGCCGCUGUUGAGUCUGUUUGAGCAGAGAUGCGGUUUUCAGCCUGUUUUGAACUGA